GGUGAAUGUGUAACCCUCCCGGCCGCCCCCACCACCCCGACCCCGCCCGGUCACGUGGGCCCCGCAGGGCAAAGUCUCAGGGUCCGAGACGGCGAAGUCCGGCGGGAUGAGCGCGCCGGGCCUGGUGCUGCUGUGGCUGCAGCUGUGCGCCCUGACGCGGGCCACCUACAAAGUCUGGGUCCCCAACACCAACUUUGAUGAUGCCACCAACUGGAGCCAGAACCGGCCCCCGUGCGCGGGCGCUGCUGUGGAGUUCCCCACGGACAAGACGCUGUCAGUCCUGGUGCGAGAAGGUCACAGCAUCUCAGACAUGCUCUUGCCGCUGGACGGGGAAUUCGUCCUGGCCUCGGGAGCUGGAUUCGGCGCCGCGGACGCCGGCUCGCGCCCGGACUGCGGCCCAGGAGCCCGCGCGCGCUUCCUCGACCCCGACCGCUUCCUGUGGCUCGAUCCGCGCCUGUGGCGCUCCGGGGACGCGGGGCGCGGCCUCUUCUCCGUGGACGCCGAGCGCGUGCCCUGCCGCCACGACGACGUCGUCUUCCCGGCCGACGCCUCCUUCCGGGUGGGCCUGGGCCCGGGCGCCGGCACCGUGCGCGUCCGCAGCGUCCAGGCGCUGGGCCAGACGUUCGCGCGCGACGAGGACCUGGCGGCUUUCCUGGCGUCCCGCGCGGGCCGCCUGCGCUUCCACGGGCCGGGCGCUCUGAGCGUGGACCCCGAGGCCUGCGCGGACCCGUCGGGCUGCGUCUGCGGCAACGCCGAGGCGCAGCCGUGGAUCUGCGCCGCACUGCUCCAACCCCUGGGUGGCGGCUGCCCCCAGGCCGCCUGCCUGGAGCCCCUCCGGCCCGAAGGGCAGUGCUGCGACCUCUGCGGAGCUGUCGUGUCGCUGACCCACGGCCCUGCCUUUGACCUGCAGCAGUACCGGGCGCGGCUGCUGCACGCCUUCCUGGCUCUGGUCCGAGGGACGGAGUCCCCGGGCCAACUCGGUUUCCCUCUCCAGCCCCAGUACCAAGGGCUGCAAGUGGCCGUGUCCAAGGUCCCGCGCCCGCCCGGGCUCCGCGAAGCCUCAGACGCGAAGGCGGACACGGAGAUCCAGGUGGUGCUGGUAGAGGCCGGGCCCGAGACCGGCGGCGCGGGGCGCCUGGCCCGGGCCCUCCUGGCGGACAUCGCGGAGCACGGCGAGGCCCUCGGAAUCCUCUCGGCGACCGCUCGAGAGUCGGGCGCGCCCGUCUGGGGCGGCUCGGCGGCGGGGUUGAACGCGCCGGCGCGCGCGGGGCUGGCGGGCGGCUUGGCGGCCGCGGGGCUGCUGGUGCUAAUGGCGCUGCUGGCGGGGGCGCUGCUGCUGCGCCGCGAGGGGAGGCUCAGGUGGAGGAGGCGCGACGAGGCGGCCCCCGCUCGGGCCGGGGCGCCGCUGGGCUUCCACAACCCGGUGUUCUACGCGGCGGACUCCGCGGAGGCGCUCCCGGCCCCGAAGUCGGACCAAAGGAGCUCCAGCCGCAGCUACUUCCUUAAUCCGCUAUUCGGCGAAGCGGAGGCUGAGGCCUGAGCGGCCACGUGACCGGCCCGUCGCACCCCGACCCCAGCCCCAUCCAGCGGGCAUCGCGGGCCCCGCGGGAUCCCCCACUCUCUGCUGGCCUAGGAUGGGGGUGUCCUGGCCCAAUAAAGCUAUUUCUUGCACCUGC